GGAUUGCUGCCUGAGAGCACAAGGCUAGAGGCUACCGUUUCUGGAAGGAGCAGUCACAUUCUCUGCCCUCAAACUUCAAGUUACUUCCCAGAGCCAAGGGAUAGGAAGGAAACCUCGAACGUCAUCUAGUCCAACUCAUACCCGAACAAGCAUCUUCUGUCUUGGAGACUAAUGAACUGGAGAAUGUUACUAUUUGCUCCUGGAAGAAGGUCUUAUCCUUUGAAGAUUAGAAACGUGACUUCAGAAUCACAUAACUGACUACUGUUUCAAUCAUCAUGGAUUCUUACCCUAGAGGAUGCAACUCCAACCUAAACUUGGCAUACCAUAAACUUUGUGACUUGGACAGCCCUUGGGGCAUUGUUCUAGAGGCAUUUGUAGCAGCUGGAGUUGUGACCUCAAUUGCCUUCAUGUUAUCUCUUCUUAUUCUUGUCAGCAAGGUCCAGGACUCCAAUCGUAGAAAAGUCCUUCCUACCCAGUUUGUCUUUCUCCUGGGUGUAUUGGGCCUCUUUGGCCUCACCUUUGCUUUCAUCAUCAACCUCAACGAGAGGACUGGUCCCACUCGUUUUUUUCUCUUUGGAGUCCUCUUUGCUCUCUGCUUCUCUUGCUUACUUGCACAUACAUUCACCUUGGCCAAGUUGGUCCGAGGGAAGAAGCCCCUCUCAUUACUGAUGAUCCUGGGCGUGGCCUUGGGUUUAAGCUUGGUUCAGGACAUCAUUGCUAUUGUUUAUGUUGUCCUCACUGUGAAUAAGACCGGUACUAAUACCUUUUCUGAAAUGCCAAGGACCCAGCGCAAUGAAGAUUUUGUGAUGCUGCUGAUCUAUGUCCUCUUUUUGAUGGCUUUCACCUUCAUCAUGUCUCUAUUCACCUUUUGUGGCUCCUUUACUGGUUGGAAGCGGCAUGGCGCACACAUCUACAUAACCAUACUUUUCUCUGUUGCCAUCUGGAUAGCAUGGAUUACUUUGCUUUUACAUGAACCCUUUGAGUCAAUUUGGGAUGAUACCAUCCUUAGCACUGCCUUGGUUGCCAAUGGCUGGGUCUUCCUAUUAACGUACAUUUUGCCUGAGUUUAUCAUCUUCACCAAGCAAUGUAACCCAAGGGACUACCCUGUGGAUGACAACAUUUGUAAACCUCAAUUCAUGAAACAGAGCUAUGGUAUGGAGAACAGAGCCUACUUGCAAGAGGAAAUCACUCAAGGCCCUGAAAGCUCUGGCAGCAGCACACUUUAUGCUCCAUACGCUACCCAUUUCCAGUUGCAGAAUCAGGACUCUCAAAAGUAUUUCUCAAUCCCACGAGCUAAGGCCAUUUCAGGCCCCUAUGAUAAUUAUGAUGGAAGGAAAGAAGGCAAUGACUAUCACCAUGUAAAAUGAGAAGAUAAACACAGAAUGGCAGCAGAACCAGCUGAAGGCUUAUAGGAAAAUGGAAUAAGCCCCUCCCCCCCCGAAGAUGCCAAGGAAACUGGAUUAACAGUAGGGGGCUGUUCCUCCCUCCUAGCCCCAACUCUCUUCUAAUUCUUGGAAAGAAGGGAGUAAACCAGGCUGAUGUUCUGGAUGAUGUCAUCUAUUUCUAUUUCUUUCCCUGGUCACUACUCCAAAGUAUUUUCUUUCACAAAUAGUUUUCGUCAACUCAGGAUUAGAACCUACAGUCAGGUGAGGAAGGCCCCCAUCUCAGUAUAUGUGUGACCUCCAAUUUAGGCAUUCUGAAUGCAUAUCUUUGGUUCAUUGAGCUUUAUAAAUUCAACGCAUCCUUCUGAAGACAGAUUGCCUAGCUGUUUUUGCGUGAUUCAUGGGCUUUGCAAAGAACAGGAUUGAAAAACUGAGUAAAAACAACAAAAGGUUAAAACCAGCCUCCCAAUCCACAUUUGCCUUAAUAUAACCCCCUUCCCCAAAUCAACUCCCUGACAUUUAUCUUUCUCUGUGGGCACGAUGGACUUCUCCACCACUCUAGAUUUGGCAAUCUCCACAGACCUGUCCAAUACCCUGACCUCUUCUCUCCCUUGCCAUUAUUUCAUAGGCCAAACCCGCCAUUUGUUUCCCAUUAAAUUCAAGACUAACACUUUAUCCAGAGUUCCCCUUCCAGAUGUCCUUUGUCUGAAUAAGCCUGAUGUUCUUUUCUCAGAAGAAUUUGCUCUGUUCUGGAAGCAAAGCUGCAGCACUGACCCUCAUUCCUGAACCUAGCUGUACAUCCUCUGUAAAUACUCUAAUAUUGCCUUUAUCCUCCCUGUUCAAUAAAUGUGUGGAUGGUGUUUACUAA